AUGAUUGCUCGUCAAAUUGCUCGUCCUCUCAUUCAAGCUGUCCGUCAAGGAAGCCAUUCUGCUCCAGCUAAAUACAUCGGACAGAACCCUACUGCUUUCGUUCACGACGGUUGGGCAACUGCUCGUCUUCCUUUCCAUGCCACAAACAAAUGGGGUUUGGCAGUCAAGUCUGUCCUGUUCCUCGCUGUUGGAUUCUGGGCUCCAUUCCUUGUUGUCGAAUACCAACUCAGAAAGGCUAACAGCAACAAUUAA